GUGCAUCACCAAGUUCACAGCAGUAGAGCAAAAACAAUAAUGGCGUGUUUUGUGUGUGAUUGCUUGGAUUCUCUAUACAACAACAAAUUAAAAGAUUUGUGUGCUUGCCCUAUUCAAAGGAGGAAACAUUUUAUGAAGGACACAUUUUUUACUAUUUACUAUUUAUGCUCUGCGCAGGAUUUCGAAAAUAGAAGAAAGAUUAAAAAAUACGUACUGUGGCUACGAAUUUUCGCUUGCGCUUAUUACUAUAAUGAAGUACCAAAAAAUCGAAAUCGCUAUAAAGAUUCAACUUUUGGAUAUAAAAUUGAAAUUCGCGGUGACAUCCAUGCAGAUCAUCUGCGAAAUGAUAAGAAGGCACCGAGAAACCUAAAUUUUCAAUAAAACCUGACUUUUGCCUCUGGUUUUCAUGAUAGCAGGUGCAUAAAUAAAAUGUCAAAUACAUCUUUUAAAACGCCGAAAAAUGUAAAUUGCGUUAUUGGUAUAACAAAAUCUUUGGCAACGUCUUGCUGGCAAAAAAUCUGCACACAAAGCUAACUCUAUUUAAAGGCGCACAUCAUUACGCUUAAAAAUCCAGUUUGUUUGAGUUUCUGUUAUGUCUGGAGGUAGGAGCUGAUCUCAAGUUGUCGAUAUUCGCACUGUGU